GAGAAAUCAGAAAUCCCAAACACCCCAACCCCCUCCCGAAUUCCCAAUUGGCAAGGGACUCCCACACAGAGAGGGAGAGAGGGUCAAUUCUUUUGUACGCCCACCAAACCCACACCCUCCCCCCUUCUCUCUCAAAUCCCAAAUUAGAACCCAAAAAUCCAAAUCAAUCGCCCAGCAUUACUUCCUUCGGCUGCUCCAAUCCCAAUACCACACUCCUCCAAUCUCUUCUCUUCUCAAAAUUUUGAGGAUUUUUGGAAGCGCCUUCUCGUUUCGGUCAAUGGCGGUGUCGACCAGUUUCGCCGGAGCAAAGUUGGAGGCUCUGCUGUCGAGAUCUUCAUCGUCGGCUGCAACCACGUCGUCCACGGCCUCUAGCGGUUCCUGUUUGGUGGGUUCUGUGAGGCCCAUUAGGAGUCGAAGGCUCCAAAUUCAGAGAGGAGUGAGGUGCGAGGUGGCUGCUUCUUCUGAUGCUUCUGCUGCCGCGGUUCAGUCCAUCGCUUCCAAUAUCUCCGCUCUUGAGCAGCUCAAGACCUCUGCCGCUGACAGAUACACAAAGGAAAGAAGCAGCAUUGUGGUCAUCGGACUUAGUAUUCACACAACACCCGUUGAAAUGCGUGAAAAACUCGCCAUUCCAGAAGCAGAAUGGCCUCGAGCCAUAGAGGAGCUGUGUGGUUUAAAUCACAUAGAAGAAGCAGCUGUUCUUAGCACUUGCAACCGAAUGGAGAUAUAUGUUGUAGCUCUAUCUCAGCAUCGUGGUGUCAAAGAAGUUACCGAGUGGAUGUCAAAGACAAGUGGAGUCCCUGUUUCUGAGCUAUGCCAACACCGGUUUUUACUCUAUAAUAAAGAUGCCACUCAGCACCUCUUUGAAGUAUCAGCAGGUCUUGACUCUCUUGUCCUCGGAGAAGGUCAAAUUCUUGCCCAGGUGAAACAAGUUGUUAAAGUCGGCCAAGGAGUUGUUGGCUUUGGUAGAAACAUCAGUGGGCUGUUCAAGCACGCAAUCACUGUGGGAAAGCGGGUUAGAACUGAAACAAACAUUGCUGCUGGGGCAGUUUCUGUAAGCUCUGCUUCUGUUGAACUUGCCUUGAUGAAGCUUCCUGCACCAUCACAUGCUACUGCAAGAAUGUUGGUGAUUGGUGCGGGCAAAAUGGGAAAGCUUGUGAUCAAACACUUGGUAGCAAAAGGUUGCACAAAGAUGGUUGUUGUGAAUAGAACCGAGGAGAGAGUGGCAUCCAUCCGUGAGGAGCUGAAGGGUGUUGAGAUCAUUUACAAGCCUCUUACAGAAAUGCUUACCUGUGCAGCAGAGGCAGAUGUGGUUUUUACCAGCACCGCAUCAGAAACCCCAUUAUUUUUCAAGGACGAUGUGAAGGACCUUCCUGCUGUAGGUCCAGAGACUGGUGGUUUGAGGCUUUUUGUUGAUAUUUCCGUCCCUCGGAAUGUGGGUUCAUGUGUUGCUGAUGUCGAUGGUGCUCGAAUUUACAAUGUUGAUGACCUUAAGGAGGUUGUGGCUGCUAACAAAGAGGAUCGCCUUCGGAAAGCAAUGGAAGCUCAGGAAAUUAUUACUGAAGAAUCGAAACAAUUUGAAGCUUGGAGGGAUUCUUUGGAGACAGUACCUACCAUCAAGAAAUUAAGAGCUUAUGCUGAAAGAAUCAGAGCUGCAGAGCUUGACAAAUGUUUAUCAAAAAUGGGUGAUGACAUAUCAAAGAAAACAAGAAGAGCUGUAGAUGAUCUUAGCCGAGGUAUUGUGAACAAGCUCCUUCAUGGUCCGAUGCAGCACUUAAGAUGCGAUGGGAGUGAUAGUCGAACUCUGAGUGAGACACUUGAGAAUAUGCAUGCUCUUAACAGAAUGUUCAGCCUUGAGACAGAAAUAUCCGUAUUGGAGCAAAAAAUUCGAGCAAAGGUGGAACAAUCCCAGAAGUAAAGCUACAACAUCCAAUUUCUUUCGCGACACAUCUACUUCCUCAAACUCGAAUAAGGGGAAAACAUUCUCACAUUGUCAUUUUAGCGUUCCCUCUGGUGAAAUCUUCAAUUCCAUAGACAAAUUGUGUUGGUCCCAGCUGGUCUGGGCGACCUUCCAAUUCAUUCAUUGGUGUAAGACACUAACCUGAUUCUUAUCUUCGUAAGUGGCUGUUCGGCUUCGUAUCGAAAUUCUGAGGUUAUCUGUACUAGUGUUAAUUCUUGUAAUUAAAAGUAAUUUGAGAUGAAUAUAGAUUGCAAUUCAUAAUUUUGUCGA